CUUUGACCGUUUGACUCUGUUUCCCUGUUUGACAAUCUGUUUACUGCCACGUGUAAUCUUGACCUAGGCAGUCGGCAUGGCUGUGUGUAAGCCGUUUGUUGAGAAGGGGAGGCUCUUGUAGGUUGUUGAGGUGAUUGAAUACCUGUUUACGCUGUUGGUCUCAUUGCAUUUCUCCAUUUCUUAUCUUCUUGAGCUUUGCUUCGCAUCCUCUACACUCUCCCAACUCCUUUUCGCAUUAUUAGCAAGACAUACAAUCGCAAAGAUGGGAGCAGAAGAACCCACACCUGAGAACUACACUCUGCUGCAAGGCUUUGAGUGGAACGUUCCUGCAGAUGGAAAGCACUACCAGCGUCUGCAUGAUGCAAUGCCCGCCUACAAGCACAUUGGUAUCUCCAACAUCUGGCUUCCUCCCGGCUGCAAGGCCAGCUCUCCCAAUGGCAACGGCUACGACGUCUACGAUCUCUACGACCUCGGCGAAUUCGAUCAAAAAGGCGGCGUCGCCACAAAAUGGGGCACAAAAGACGAUCUCAUGGCCCUCUCCUCCUCAGCCAAAGACGCAGGAAUUGGCCUCUACUGGGACGCCGUGCUAAACCACAAAGCCGCAGCCGACAAGAAGGAAAAGUGCCACGUCAUUGAAGUCGACCAAAACGAUCGCGAAAAGCAGGUUUCCGACCGUCAUGAGAUUACCGCUUGGUUGGGCUUCAACUUUGAUGGUAGAGGAGACAAGUACUCGAAGCAGAAGUAUCAUUGGUAUCAUUUUGGUGGUACGGAUUUUGAUGCUGCGACGGGUAAGAAUGCGAUCUUCCAGAUUCAGGGUGAUAAUAAGGGGUGGAGUGAGUCUGUUGAUGAUGAGGGCGGUAAUGCCGAUUUCCUCAUGUUUGCGGAUCUGGAUUACUCGCAUCCUGAAGUUUGCGAGGAUGUCACAAAUUGGGGCAAGUGGAUUGUCAAGGAGGUCGGUUUGAGGGGCUUCAGACUCGAUGCUGUGCAGCACUUUUCGCAGCGCUUCACAAAAGAGUGGAUUGAGGCGCUGAGGAAGGAGCAUGGCGAUUUGUUCUAUGUUGGCGAGUUCUGGACUGGAAACAAGAAGGAUCUCGUUGAUUGGGUCAAUCAGAUGGAGAGAAAGUUCUCUCUGUACGACUCACCGCUGUUGAACAACUUCUCAAACAUCAGCAAGGGCGAGGCUGCCGAUUUGAGAAAGGUGUUUGACGAUACCUUGGUCCAGGACAUGCCCGUCAACGCUGUGACAGUCGUGGUAAACCACGACACGCAACCCGGUCAAACCGUCGAGACGCCCGUUGAAGGCUUCUUCAAGCCCCUCGCCUACUCCCUCAUUCUCCUCCGCCGCGACGGCUACCCUAGUGUCUUCUACGGCGAUCUCUACGGCAUGAAGGGUGACAACCCCGAACCCCCAUCCUGCGGCGACAAACUCGCCGACCUCAUCCUCGCACGCAAGCUCUUCGCCUACGGAGACCUGAACGACUACUGGGACAACCCCAACUGCAUCGGUUGGGUGAGAAGAGGAACACACGACAAGAAGAACGGUUGCGCAGUCGUCAUGAGCAACACCGGACCUGGAGAGAUUCAAAUGCAUGUCGGUCCUGAGCACAAGGGUGAAGUGUGGACAGAUCUCUUGGGCUGGGAGCAGGGCGAGGUUACCAUUGAUGAAGAGGGUAACGGAAAGUUCAAGUGUCCUGGCUGCAGUGUUGCUGUCUGGGUCAACAAGGACGCCGAGGGUAGAGAACACUUCCCUGUCAACUUCGACAGCGACAUUUACAAGGAGGCCGGCAAGCAAAAUGAUGAGGAAGAGAAGAAAGACGACAAGGAAGAGAAGGAAGAGAACAAGGAAUAGACGCGAUACCAGACCAGAGGAGAGAUAUAGAGACACUUACCUCAAGGAACUAGAUAAUGAGACGACAGGAUAGAAUCAAUUAUAUUUCCAGCC